AACGAGCCAUGCGAGGGACCAACUAUGGUAAAUGGAACUCCUGUCCAUCGUCAUCCAUUCGCCGCCGCCACCUCCCAUCCGCUCCGAUCCAGCGACCUGGGCUGCAUCCGCCGCCAAAUGGGCAUUACUGCCCGCCCACAUCCACUGCCCACAGUACUCCUUCUCCGUUACUGCCCCACCGCGCCCGUCUCCGACAGCGCCCAAGCGCUCCGCCGGCGAGCCUCCUGGUUCCCCAUGUAGGCGUCCUGGUUCCGCCGGCGGGCCUCUGGUUCCCUCGGUUACCUUGCGAGCCUGCAGUGGUCCCCCGUGCAAGCGAGCCGACGUCCUCGAGCCACGGCAACCUGGUUACGGAUUGGAGCCGAGACUUCAUUACGACAUUGGAUGUCGUUACUGCAGGGGAGCGAAAUCCUCGGAGGAAUUGGCGACCGCGGCACCAGUUACAGCAUUAACAAAGCAUCGAUUGAUUGCUCUCGUGCCUGGUAGGAUGUUCGGCUCCGCUAGCAACGACGAUGAUGGAGGGCACUGCAGCAAGGAGCCUUCCCACAACGUCGCAAUGCCCAGCACCAGUGUUGUCUGCAUCGUCGGCGGUGACUCCUCUCCAACAUAUGUCACCGGGGACCAUGGCAACGCCCGAUCCGGAGAGGACCUACAUGCAUGAUCCAUUGUUGCCGGACACAAUUGUGCCAAACGAGAAGAUACGUUUUGGCAGUAGGGAUGAAGCCAAAGAAUUUUACAAAUUCUAUGCGGGCAAAGCAGGGUUUGAUGUGUGCAUAACCAAGACUAGUAGAAAGGCUGUACUGGAAUUGUCGUGCAACAAACAAGGACACUGGGAUUACUAUAAGCCUGGUAAGGAGAGGGUACGUGAGAAAAUGUCAAUGAGGUAUGAAUGCAAGGCUUUUGUGAAAAUAAAAUGGAACAUUAAAAAGGACUAUUGGUUCUUUGAGAGGAUAAGGUUGGAGCACAAUCAUCCAUUGCAUCCCUCGCCGACCGUAACACAGUUCUUAAGGAUACGAAGGACAAGGACCCUAUAGUCAUGGAUAUUGUUGAUCAGAUGCAUAGGUGUGAUGCUUCCCACAACACUACAGUAAAUGUGGUGUCAGAAUUAUAUGGUGGUCAGCAAAACUUCACAUUCAUUGAAAUGGACUUGAGAAAUAGGUAAUGUCUUCAAAUUUACUAGUGUUGAUGUUAUGGUUGAGUACAUGGAAAUCAUUGUAAUUCUUGUGAUGUAUGUGUUCAUGGUUCCAAGAAAGCUGCAACUGCCAGGGAGGAGAGUGAAAAUGACAUACCAAAACUGCUUGAGUUCUUCAGGGCGAUGAAGGCCAAGAAUGAGUAUUUCUACUACGAGCUGCAGGUAGAUAGUGAAAAUGUGAUAAAGAACAUGUUCUGGAGUCAUGCAAGCCAGCGUGCAGAAUAUAGAGAUUUUGGAGAUGUGGUUACAUUUGACACCACAUGCAAGACAAACAUGUAUAGCAUGCCUUUAGCCAUGUUUGUUGGGUCAAACCAUCAAUUGCAAAACGUCAUUUUCGGGCAAGCACUAUUGCAGGAUGAGAAAGCUAACACAUUUGAGUGGUUGUUUGGGGCAUUCAAAAACUGUAUGUCUGGAAGUCGGGACCCGCGGUGUAUACUUACAGAUCAGGAUAGUUCAAUGGCGGCAGCGAUCAAGGAGGUGUUCAGACAAACACAACACAGGUUGUGCUGUUGGCACAUGCUGAAGAAGUAUCAAGCAGAACUGAAAAAAUUGUACAAGAUUCAUGAUGGUCUGAAGAUAAAGCUCCUCACCGUAAUCAAUCACCCACUUACGCCUAUAGAGUUUGAGUCUGCCUGGAAUGAGUUGGUCGAUGAUUAUGACAUUCGGGAGGAUGAUGCUAUUCAGGGGCUUUGGGAGAGUAGGAAAUUGUGGGUUGUUGCAUAUUUGAAACCCUUGUACUGUGGCCGGAUGACCUCUACACAAAGAAGUGAAAGCGUAAACAAGAUGAUCAAGGGUAGUGGCUUCACAGGACCUUUGACAUGCAUGAGUAAAUUUGCACGUAGGAUGUUGAACUUCAUUCAACACACAAAUCACUCAGUGGCGGGGAACUCCAUUGGUCUCAGGCUGGUAACUUGCGGUUGACGUUGCAGCCCUUUGAUGGCCAUCUUAGCAGGGUCUAUACACGAGCUGUAUAUAAAAAAUAUAGGGAAACUUAUAUUUAUAGUAUUGCAUUCCGUAUUGAAGCUCAUCCUAACGAGGUUGAUGUUUACAUGGUGACGCACACAGAUCAGUCAUGGCAAUAUGCUUGGUUUCAACAUUCUUUUAGAGUGGAGGCUGAUGUACGAUCAGGCAGAUAUACAUGCGAGUGCAAGACAUGGGAGCAUACAGGCUUGUUUUGCGCGCAUCUUAUUAAAGUCUUCACGUACCUUCAGAUUGACAAUAUACCUGCAGAGUACAUAAUGAAGAGAUACACAAGGGGUGCAAGAACGAUGGUAACGUGGGACAGGCACGACAUUGUGACUUCGGGACCAGUGUGCAAGAGCGAUCAGUACAAGACAAAGAAGCUAGUAGAAAUUGCGAUGGCCGCCGUGAGGGCAUGCUGCAAAACAAGUCUUGGUUUCGAGAAAGGCUGUGAGCAGUUGUCUGCAUUAGUUGAGUGGGGUGAAAGUAUUGCAAGAGGUACUGGAGCAUCACAAGUGGGGGGGUGAUACAGAAGAACAGAGUGAUGUGAUCCCGGAGGUUGGAUGUGAACCAGCGGCAAGUUGGGCUGAACAAGAUGUGCACAUUGAAAGUAUAGAUGAACCUCUUGCUCCACCAGUUGAAGGUGCAGUCCAAAUUUUAGAGUGUGCACCAAGGGAGGCAAGAACAAAGGGGAGGAAUCAUGGAGGGAAACAAGUUGUUAAUGACCAUGCAAGUUCCAGUAAGGCACAUGGGCAAUGGACAUGUGGGUAUUGCGGAUCUUUAGAACAUUAUAGUAUGGGGUGUGAUGUGAACCCGGAUAACGUCUACAAGAAACGAGGUGGAAGUGGUAGUUUGCGGGGUAAGAUGGGACGGAAGAGGGGGAGACCACCCACAAAAAGGCAACUGGAGGAUGAAUUUAAUGAUGUAGCAUGAGCUGUUUAUUGAAUGGAUGUUUAUUGAAUGGAUUACUGCUUGAA